UUUAAUAUAUAACAACGAUUUAUUUAAUAUAGAACAAGACUUUCAAUCAUUAUUAACAAAUUAAAUCAAAUUUGUCGUUACGCGUAGAACGUAGGCCGUCGGUAAAAAUCGUGCACUGUCGGUAACACCGUAAGACCGGCGAAUUCCCGACUUCGUUUCGUUUAACAAUGCUCGGAAAUAAUAAAAGUAUAGUUCGGUUAUUGUAGUCGCGUCGUCAGUGCGUUGCGCGGCCUGUUUUCCAAAAAACAAAGAAAAUCCGACGAACUACGUCAGCGAAGCGUGAAUCUCUACUUUAUCAUUAUAAAAAUGGAAAAUGUCGUAACGAAAUCGGUGAAAUCGUUGAUCGAAGUAAAAGUACAAUCCACGGAAUUAUAAAACGCCAGGAAGAAAAGGAUCGAACAUCGAAUAAAGUCGGACACAAAGGUCUGACGAGAAACCGAAUGCAACGAACGAGCGACGACGGAUUAUUCGAAAAAGUGCUCCGAAAUUGGCAACGAUGUUCGGAUAGAAUCGGUCGAGGGGGCGUGGAGCAGAUGGUAAACGGUUGGGCGCCGUGAUCGAUCAGGGUUCGGGGAUCCAUCCUCUGGCCACGGGGCUUAUUCCGUUCACAGCGACAACGAAUUCGACCGCGUGUACGCGGCUGAUUUAUUCGCGGCCAGGUGUAACCCGUGUAAUGCCGGUGUAAUACCUGGCGGAGGCUGUGCCGUCAAGAAGCUAGCCCGUUUCCGCGGCAGAUCUGGCCAGCGUGACCGGAAUCAGAAGACGCGGGGAGUCGAGCUGUGCCGAGGGGAGCCGAGCGGGGCCGAGCGGAGCAGCGCCGGGUGUCGAGCGUGAGAGAGAGUUCGGGUCGUACAUGGCUGCGCUAUGUGUUCUUGCCCCGCCCGCGUAUCAUUGGUCUAGAACGUGGAAAAGGCACGUAGGAUUCUACUUGAAGAAAUAUUGCUGCGAAGGCGGAAUACACAAUGGCCCGGCAUCCUGCACACUGCGCACGAAUGUUUUUCUUUCCGCCCUAACCCCCAGCCUCUCUCGGCGUCCACCUUCCCGGGCCCCCCGCGCCGCGCCACCCCCUCCUAAUACGAUUCAGAUUCCUCGAUGCGGCAGCACGUUCCUCCUUAUGAGCCGAUCGACUUCGGGGCCGAGCUGGCUCGUUCAGACACUCCUCGUUCUCGCUCGAAUGUUGCCCCGUUGAUGGAACACACACGGCACAGGCGGACGAGCAUCUUUUCCUAGAAGAAUCGCUCGAGCCCCGUUACGCUAACGCGGGAAACCCAUUUGCCGGUUGCAUCAUAUUCUCAGACCGUAGAUGUUUCGCCGACGCUGCCGAUUCUUGGACGGACAGGUUGCUGGGUGGCAACUACGGCAGUCCGCAGACAUUUGCAUUAACCUUCGACGGCCCAACUUUCACAAUUCAUUCGGGAGAAAGUGAAACGAAACGAGAAACAAAAUGGUUCAGUGGAGCCCCAGCGUGAUGGGUUUGAAGCACCGCGAGAGUGCAGUGAAAAUGCGUCAACUGUACCCGCCGUUCUUGCAAACGGAGUAUCAGGAUCUACCGGAUGUCCAAGAAAUGACAACAGAGCCACCCAAAAUCGAGUUAGUUCAUCGUACGAGAAAAAGAAUGAGCGUCUCCGAUGUUGCCGAGGAGAGGUUCGCGGAGAUCGGGGACAGAGCGCCGCGGGACGGCAAGGAUUAUCGGUGGUGGGGGCAGGAGGAGUUCGGCGAGGAUGAAACGGAUCGCGACGAGGAAAAAACGAGACCCGUGUUAUUGUGGCCUCUGGACCGUUGCAAAACAUAUUCCGUGCGGAGCAAACACGAGCUGGAACCCGACACCACGGACCCCUAUUUGUCCCACGAGCUGUACGCAUCGACCCGAUCGCUGUAACGUUCCGUUACAUUCGUUUCUCGUCUUCGGAGCAAUUACGACAGGGCAGUGCGCGCCUGGUUAUACAGGGUGGACCUCUUAUAACUUCCAAAAUAUGCGUCGCACGAAAACAUUUUAUAUACAAAAGAUGCACGGUUUCAGGGGGCACAUUGCGUGGUGCAUUUAUUUUUUUUAUAGCUGGAGACGUUUUGGAGAUUCGAGAAUUAGCUUUGUUUUUUUAAAUAGAUUACUAUACUUUUUAUAUCGAAAUAUGGAAGAAUAUCGAGUUCUGAGUAGAAAAGUAUUGACCUUUAUUAGUCGUAAAGCUAAUGGCUAACGAGUAAUUUCACUUUAUUUCUGGGAAAUUUUCUUCGCGUAUUGUUCAAGCAUAAUUUAUUUUAUAUUUAUAUUUAUCGCACAGGUCAAAGUUAAAUCUUAUUUUUCAUUUAGAUUAAAUUGAUCAUUUAUUCGUUGAAAUUAACCCUUCGCACAGGAGCGACGAGUCUGGAUUAUUGUUUAACAAUUGACGCGCUGUAAUUUACAACAAUGUUUACAUGCCUGGAAUUUUAUAUAUAUAAUAAAUAACAUAUAUAAUAUAUAAUAAAUAUAAUAAAUAACAAUAAAUUGUUAAAAACUUAAAUUUGGCACUUUCAAAUAGACGAAAUGAAAUAGAUGAAAUGAAUGAUCAUAUUAAAUAGUAUCGAGUGCAAAGAGUUGAAUUGUAAAAGUCAAAAAUUCUUAAAAUACCGCAAAAAUAAUUGCAAUGUUUUGACAGUGAAUUCGCGAAAUUCAGUAAAAUAUAUAUCGUUCUAGGUAAAAUAUCACAAUGUAAAUUAUACUGGUAAAACGUAUUUAACAUAACGAAAACACAAAACAGUGAUUAUUUAUUUGAAUCUUUGUUUUCAGUUUCAAUUUCAAACAUCGACAAUGAAGUUUAAA